AUGGCACCGCCCACAUUUAUGACCCAAAGGAAAUACAUACAACUGAUCAGCUUGGCAAAAAAGUUGGAUGCAUGCAAAAAUGAGUUACUGCGUUACCGGAGGGAGGAAAAGACGGCCGCUGCUGCUACUUCUGUCUUUGCCGUGGGGGCAGGUCACACUGGUCUGUCCAUCGCUGCACAAAGCAACCCUACUAACAUGGAGAGACACCUUCCGAACGGAAAACGGAACAGCCUCAAAUCUGUAACGAGUGAACCCACACUCGGGGUAACAAAACGGAGUGUAACACCUCAUGCGGGUAGAAAAAAAAGGCACAGUGAUCCAACCCCACUUAAGAAAAACAUCUCCAAGGAGGGAACCUCAAAUGGACAGAAAAUAAAAGAGGAAGGGAAACUACCCACAGCACAGCUAUCCAAAGGAGCAACCUUUAGUGAAUACAAAGCAAAGAAGAAAAAAAAAAAAAAAUUACAAAACAGGACACAAGUUUUUCCACACCCCCAAGGAACACAAAAGAGUAGAAAAAAAAAAAAAACUUUUUGCACGCUCCCCAAAAGUGAGGUCAGAAAAAGGGUCACCAGUGUAGCUAGAUGCAGCAAAAAGUGGGUUCUACACAAGCAGGAGGAAAACACCCAGUACACAUUUCGGAGCCCCCAGGGUGGGGGUGACUUAACCGCCUGGGAAGGGGAACACCACAGUGGAGAUAACCAAAUAGUUCCCGUCCAGGUAGAAGCGAAACUGAACCUCAUGCCACUUGUACACACAAGUCAGAUGAUGAAACACCCCCUAGUAAUUGCAUCCAUGCUGAAGAACUCACCUAGAAAGAAGAAGUCAAUUCCUUUAUCCACACAGAUAGCAAAGCAACCACUUACCAAACCUAGUAAAAGUGCAAAAACAUCGGGGGGAGAAGCCCACCCUGGCAAUGCCACUAACAAACGACAGAAUGAAUCUGCCCCAAAGAAAGGAGCCCCCCUCUCCAAAGGGGUAGAAAUUUCCAGAAAGAAGUUAAGAAGCGUUUCCAGAUGUACAGCCCAAUCUGCUAAACGUACUCGUCUACAGUUGAGUCCUUCCGAAGGGUCAUUACAAAAAGGGAUCUCUCUGAGGGGUCAACGCGGCACCGUUGGUAAGACUAUUGGCAGCACACAUAGCAGAACUAAGAGGCCUUUUCCAUCUCGUUCUUCUCUGCGAGUUUCCCCCCAGAGGCGUGCCAAACGGAAGAGACAAAACGUAACGAGGAAGACCGAUCAGAAGCGGAGCCUUCUCCACGCUCUCCCCACUCAGCAGCGCAGUCACGACCAACAAGACGCAGACAAGCAAAUGACCAACCGGAAAACCGUAAAGGAAUUCAUAAAAGCGUUGAACAACUCCAGUGUUAUCAUUUGCACGAAGGGGCACAAGACGCGACCGAAGCGGGGCAGGCGAAAACGCCUUCACAUUCGGGUUUGA